CACCGACUUUAAACAAUAGGUUCGUCCCAUUUAAGGGACCCGAAGAGCGACAGAAUUCACUUUAGUAAAUGACGUCAGUUAAUAGGAAGCCUAUGUCUUAUCUCAAGCGCUAAUCUCAUUCAUUGUGUUUUUUUUCGUCACGGACACGCCCUCAAGCGUCAGGGCGCCGAGGGGAAGGGCUCUGAGGUCUAGGGAGCUGCGCAUAGGCACUGUGUUUUUCUGCGAGAGCUGUGGUUCCGGUGGUAGGGCCUGUCUGCUGCAAACAUGGUGAAGAAACGAACGAGGCGAAUCGUUAUCGAUUCGGAUACCGGAGACAGCGGCAGCGAUUCGAACCUAGAUCAGGAGCUGCUUACACUUGCCAAGCGUAAAAGGGGUAGUUCAGAGGAGAAGGAACUACCAGUGAGCAAACCAGCAGCAUCUUCUGAUUCUGAAACCUCCGAUAGCGGGGAUGAGUGGACUGUUGGGGGAGCAAAAAACAAGAGAAAACUCAAGUCUGGCAAGGGUUUGGAUAAGAAAGGGGGAACAAAGAAGCCUACCAGCAAGGGAGCCUCUUCUGGCAGCUCUGGAAAGGAUAGUUCUGCUGAGAGUUCAGCACCCGAAGAAGGUGAAGUUUCAGACUCUGACAGCAAUAGUUCCUCAUCCAGCUCCGAUUCAGACUCCUCAUCGGAAGAGGAAGAGUUUUUUGAUGGAUAUGGCGAAGAUCUUAUGGGAGAUGAGGAAGACAGGGCUCGACUUGAACAGAUGACUGAAAAAGAGAGAGAACAAGAGCUUUUUAACCGAAUAGAGAAAAGAGAAGUUCUCAAGAGACGUUUUGAGAUAAAGCAAAAACUUAAAUCUGCAAAGAAGAAAGAAAAGAAAUCAAAGAAGAGAAAAAUUGAUGAUGAGCAGGAAAAGAAAAAGCAAACACAAGUUGUGGAAUCUCAGGCACAGGUCACAUCACAUAACAAAGAGAGACGGUCAAAGAGAGAUGAAAAAUUGGACAAGAAAUCCCAGGCAAUGGAAGAGUUACGAGCAGAGAGAGAGAAGAGGAAGAACAAGACUGCUGAGCUAAUAGCACGAAAGCAGCCAUUGAAGACUAGUGAAGUAUAUUCUGACGACGAGGAGGAAGAGGAAGAUGAAAAGUCUAGUGAGAAGAGUGAUCGAUCAUCCAGAUCAUCUUCCUCAUCUGAUGAUGAUGAGGAGGAGGAAAAAGAAGAAAUUCCGCCUAAGUCUUUGCCUGUUUCUUUGCCUGAAGAACUUAAUAAAGUCAGGUUAUCACGACAUAAGCUGGAGCGAUGGUGUCACAUGCCAUUCUUUGCUAAGACAGUGUCUGGUUGCUUUGUAAGGAUAGGAAUUGGUAACCAUAACAGCAAACCUGUGUACAGGGUAGCAGAGAUCACUGGUGUUGUAGAAACAGGAAAAGUGUAUCAACUGGGUAGUUCAAGAACAAAUAAAGGCCUUCAGUUAAGACAUGGUAGUGACCAGAGGGUGUUUCGCUUGGAGUUUGUCUCAAAUCAAGAAUUUACAGAGAGCGAGUUCAUGAAAUGGAAAGAAGCUAUGUUUUCAGCUGGCAUGCAGCUUCCAACAUUGGAUGAGGUCAACAAAAAAGAGCUGUCAAUUAAAGAGGCAAUGAAUUAUAAAUUCAAUGACCAGGACAUUGAGGACAUUGUUAAAGAGAAGGGACGCUUCCGAAAAGCUCCAUCGAAUUAUGCCAUGAAGAAGACACAGCUUAUGAAAGAUAAGGCCAUGGCAGAGGAAGCUGGAGAACCCGACAGGGCAAAACAGAUUCAAGAUCAGCUGAAUGAAUUGGAGGAGAGAGCUGAAGCUCUGGACCGUCAGCGUACCAAGAAUAUUUCUGCCAUCAGUUAUAUAAAUCAGAGAAACAGAGAAUGGAACAUAGUGGAAUCUGAGAAGGCUUUAGUGGCUGAAAGUCAGAGCAUGAAGCAACAGCAAAUGGAUCCCUUCACUAGGAGACAGUGUAAACCAACUAUGGUGUCUAAUUCCAGAGAUCCUGCCGUCCAGGCAGCUGUUAGGGCCCAACUGAAUGCAAAGUAUGGAACAGCUGGUUUUCUGGAUUCGACAAAAGACAAGGCCAUGAAUCAAAACAAGGAUAAAGAUGGCAACAUCAAACCCACAAGUGACCUCUCAGAGGACCUGUUUAAAGUGCAUGACUUUGAUGUAAAAAUUGACCUCCAAGUUCCCAGUUCAGAAUCCAAGUCCCUUUCUAUUUCUGCAAAGGCACCCCCUGCCAAGGAUGGUGCGCCACGGAGAUCUUUAAAUCUGGAGGACUACAAGAAAAGAAGAGGACUUAUUUAACCUGGACCACCAGCCUUCUGCUUCUGACCUUGCAUGCUCCAUUGUGUUUCAACCUUCAUCAGUUUGUCCUCCUUGGGUUGGAGCAGCAACAAAGUUAAGCAUAGACUUGGAAAUUGGAUUAACCUGUAAAAUAAACCUACUGACUUUUAAAGGAAGUAAACCACAUCAAUUCUCUACCCUCACUGUGGAUAUGUGGUUUUUGCAUUAUUUUUGUUUGCCUCCCCACUCUUAAGCCUGAUCUCCGUGCACAGUAUUACAAGGGAUUCUGAGGCUCUGCAGCGUAUGGAUAAGAGGCUGUGUGGGCGCUACGUUAUUAAAUCUUUGUACGUGAAAAAAACAUUCAGAGGCAUUUUUUGUAUGAUAAACAUACUUUCUUAUAUCGUUGGCUUGAAGGACAAUGCGGCAUUUCGAUAUACCUGUGAUGAGCAUAAUAUUUUAGUUUUUUUGUUUUUCUGCCGUACGGUCAGAUGGCUGACUGUAUAAGUUCUCACAGGUUGUAAAUAAAAACCACAACUGUAAGGAGAUAACUCAAUAAAGGAUUCGUAUGAACAUA